CGGGGAAGGAGGGGUCUUAAGGGGCGGCGAGGGCAGGUCGGAUUUCCUCUGAGGCUGGCGAUCCGCGAAGCUCCCACCUUCCCUUAGAGCUCGCUGCAGCCGCCUGCCCCCGCGCCCUCCGGACACCGGAACGGGACCAUGAUGUGGACACGCUGGCUCGCGCUCGCGCUGGUGGCGGUCGCCUGGGUCCACGCCGAGGAGGAACUAAGGAGCAAAUCCAAGAUCUGUGCCAAUGUGUUUUGUGGAGCCGGCCGGGAAUGUGCAGUCACAGAGAAGGGAGAGCCCACCUGCCUCUGCAUCGAGCAAUGCAAACCUCACAAGAGGCCUGUGUGUGGCAGCAACAGCAAGACCUACCUCAACCACUGCGAGCUGCAUAGAGAUGCCUGCCUCACUGGAUCCAAAAUCCAGGUCGAUUACGAUGGACACUGCAAAGAGAAGAAAUCUGUAAGUCCAUCUGCCAGCCCAGUCGUUUGCUAUCAGUCCAACCGCGAUGAACUCCGGCAUCGCAUCAUCCAGUGGCUGGAAGCGGAGAUCAUCCCAGACGGCUGGUUCUCUAAAGGCAGCAACUACAGUGAAAUCCUAGACAAGUACUUUAAGAACUUUGAUAAUGGUGACUCUCGCUUGGACUCCAGCGAAUUUUUGAAAUUUGUGGAGCAAAAUGAAACCGCCAUCAACAUCACCACCUAUGCAGACCAGGGGAACAACAAGCUGCUUAGAGGACUCUGUGUCGAUGCCCUCAUUGAACUGUCUGAUGAAAAUGCUGACUGGAAACUCAGCUUCCAAGAGUUCCUCAAGUGUCUCAAUCCAGCCUUCAACCCUCCAGAGAAGAAGUGUGCUCUGGAGGACGAGACAUAUGCCGAUGGAGCUGAGACCGAGGUGGACUGUAAUCGCUGUGUGUGUGCCUGUGGAAACUGGGUCUGCACAGCCAUGACCUGUGACGGAAAGAAUCAGAAGGGGGCGCAGACCCAUACAGAGGAGGAAAUGACCAGAUAUGUUGAGGAGCUCCAAAAGCACCAGGAAACAGCUGAAAAGACCAAGAGAGUGAGCACCAAAGAGAUCUAAUGAGGAGGCAUCUGGGAAGGGUGUCCAGAGCCUGGCACCUUCUCUUCCACUUCAGCGCUGAGUCCAGUAUACGCAAGUGUCUGCUACAAUCGCCAAAUCACCAGUAUUUGCUUGUAUAGCAAUGAGUUUUAUUUUGUCUAUUUGUUUUGCAAUAAAGGAAAUGGGGGUGGCUGGCUAGGAGGGCAAGGGCCAUAGCCUUCAUUUCUAGGAGUACUUUGAGAGAAACUGUAAAUGGUGCUCGGGGGCUGGAGGCAAGCUAGGAAACUGCAUCGGUGUUGGGAGAGUGUACCCAGAUCUGGAACACUUCUGAGCCUACCACAGCUGUGAACAUGCUACAGGGGGUGCAGGCAGUGAGAAAGAGCUUAGCAGGCUGUCCCCAGAGGGGGGAUUUGGGAAGCUCAGUGGAGAAGACUGCAUUCGGCUUCCAGCCCUUCCUGCUGCCAUCAGCAUAACAGACCUCUAGCAUCUGUGCUUCUCCUCAUGGCCCCAGCCACUGGCUCUAGAUACACGGCCAUCCUGCUAGUUACCCAGUGUCUGGGAGGGUGCACCCAAAUGAUGCAGAUACUUGUAGACUUUGAGCCCCUUAGAGACCUAACCAAAUUUUUAAAAUACUUUUUACCAAAGGUGCUAUUUUUCUGUAAACUUUUUUGGCAAGUUGAUUUCAUUCUUCAGUUAUUAUCACUAUAUUAUUGUUGUUGUUGUUUAAUAUUUUAUUUUCUUGACUAGAAAUUAAGCUUUUGUAAUUAUUUUUCAUUAGUCCUGCCAUUUCAGAGGUGGGAGAGUUUGGGGUUCUUCCUUGUGCAGGGACUGCUAUCACCCGGACUCCCCCCAACCCUGCCACAUACUAGAUGCAGCCCAGAGUUUGCCCCCUGGCUUCCAGUGGGUCAGCAGUCUGCCAGAGGAGCAGGGAGUACCUCAGAUAGAAGCCAGGAGAAGUGUCUCCAUACAAAGCUUGUAAGAUCCAAAAAGCUAAUUUGUUUUCAUUCAUUCUGAUAGAUCCAUGCAAAUCAGUAUUCCAAAGGAUUGAGACCAGUGCAGCUAAGCAAGGCUUCGAUGUCCCAGCCUAUCAAUAUGCUCGUUGAUCCUCCACUAACUAGGAGAGUGACUCUGUCCCUGUCUCUUCCUAUUUCUGGGCCUCAGUUUCCUCAGCAGGUACGAAUGCAUUAAACUUUUGACUUGAGAAAUUGUAAAUUCUGUGGUUCUGAUCAUUGGUCCAGAAGGAGACAAUGUGAUUUUCCUCCUUCUCCUUAAGAUAAAUGAAACCUUGUUGUUAUAUAAGAGUCAGACAGCCAAAAACAAGCUGACCAAAUCUGACCUCGGUCUGAAUGGCCCCACGGGUUGUGCUGUGAUAUAGAGCCUUCUGGUAAAGCCUGCCCAGGAAGAGAGUGGGAAAGAGAACCACUUCACUUUGUCUUCACUUUUGCAUUUCACCUUUAACCUUCUUGGGAACAGAAAUGGCUUUCCCUUUAGAGAUGAGGAUGAAAGAAGGUUUCACAUUUCGAGAGGGAAAAAAAUGGACAUUGAAUCUUAAAACUGUGAUUGGGGAGAAGUCAGUCAUUCCUGUGUCUUUUGGCCUCUGUGAUAACUAACCCCACUCAAUACCAUGUUUAGGAUGCGUUUGGAAUAACAAAAUUAAAAACUUGACAUAAGAUCUCAUUUUCAGAAAGCAGAUUACAGACCACCAAAGGGAAAUGAUGUAGGCUAUACUGCACAGGCAACUCUGAGACAGUUGUGCUGAAAAUGGAAUUCCUUCUAAACAGGUUUCCUUUUUCUCCUUUGAAAACAUUCCACUUUGUUUAGAAUUCUGAGCUUUUGUAAAUCAUCCCACUUAAAAGCUGUCUUCCAACCCAACUUGUGUGGUCUGAAAUGCACCUCCCUGUCAAAGUGCCUUGGAGAACCCCCAACAGCAUGCCUUGAUCAAGAUUUGCCAGCCCUUGGACACUAUGGAAGAGAGGGCAGGAGUACCAGUCUGUUUAAAGCAAGAAGGCAGAAUGUCUCCUCACCAGUUACAUUUAGGUCAGUGGUUGCUAUCCAAGACGACCCUACCCUGCAACACUGAAUUCCCAAGAGCAAAAUCUGCAUUCCUCCUGUAAGUAGGGAAGUUACUGUCUGCACCAUAGGAUCAUGUGAUCUGACAAUCAUUCACGGAAAGCUGCUAAAUAGCCUAGUCUGGGGAGUCUUGCAUGAAGCUUUGCAUGGAGCAAAUAAACAGGAUUAAAUCAGGUUCAGUUCCUCCAGCUCUCUACAAGCACAGGGCUUAGACUGCAAGCUUCCUUGGGCUUUCUCUGUGUGUGUAUGGUUUUUAUAAACAUAUUACAGCAUCUGUUAAGAUUCAGUGUCCAUGGAAACCUUCUUACAUGCCAUGACUCUGGACUCCAUCACUGCUUUUGGAAAGCAGGGCUCCUCCACCUGCUAAUAAGCCCAUGUGGACCAGUCUGAAUGUCUUCCCUUUAUACUUGUGUUUUUAAACAGUCAAAUUCCAAGAAGCAAUUUGGACAGGUUUCUGUUGCCUGUAUUUGUGAAAUGUAUUUGUAUUUAGUAGGCUUCCUUAUUGCAUUUAACUUGUUUUUUGUUAACUCUUGAUUCUUUUUUUUUUUUUUUUUGGAUACUAUUGAUAAAUAAAGAAAUUAAAAUAAUA